GCAAACGCUUUUAGAGAGAAAACGAAGUCAAAGGAAGAAAAUUACAAUAAAAUGCUUCAGCAAAUAAGUACUUGUUUGGAAAAGCUUACUGCUGCGGAGCAUGAAUACGAACGUUUUCAACAUGAGAACGAUGAACAGCAAAUGGAAGAACUGAAAACAGGAAUUAAAGAUGUCCAAUUACAUUCCGAGCAGAAGUCGGCCAACGAACGGGCUGUUCAGCAUGAAAUUGACUUUUUUGAGAGCCAGUUUGUAGAGGUUUCCAAGCACAAGAUCAACGUAGAAAGGAACAUUGAACUUAGAAGAACUCUACGCGACUUGGAAACGAUCAAUAAUCAAAUUGCUGGUAUCCGCAAUGAGAUUUGCAAUCAAUUCGGAGAUAGUGCCGAUCCGUAUAGAGAUUUAAAAACCGUCCGGGAUAACUAUAUGAAGGAGCGUUCAAAAAAUGCGGGGAGAUUACAAACAAUCAAGGAGAACAUAGCUCAGGCUCAAAAUGAUAUCAGGGAUAGAUAUAUGAAUACUGCUGAAAACUAUAAGGCGGCCAAAAUUGAAGACAUUAUUAUUAAGACGAGACUUGACGACUUGAAGAGAUUAAAGACAGAAUUAGAAACAGGGUUAUUGACUGCGCACGCCAAACAAAUGGACCGAAUAAAUAAAGUCAUUGCUGACUUGUGGAGGAAAACUUACAGAGGCGACGACAUCGACUUUAUUGCGAUAAAGGCAGACGCUGAGGGGAAAGCGGCGCGCUCAUUUAAUUACAGAGUAUCAAAAGUGAAGGGUUCUGUCGAAAUCAGUAUGAAGGAAGGCAGUAGUGCCGGACAAAGGGCACUAGCUUCAAUUAUCAUACGAUUGGCACUCGCCGAAGCCUUUGCAGGACACUGUGGAGCGCUGGUUCUCGAUGAACCGACAGCAAACCUUGAUGUUGAAAAUACCGAAAGUCUAGCAAUGAGUCUCGGGACCAUCAUCAGGGAUCGUCGUUACGAGCGCCCAAAUUUCCAGCUCAUAAUUGUCACUCAUAAUAAAAACUUUGUGAGGAUGCUGGGAGCGAAUAGUCUGUCCGACACAUACGUUCUAGUGGAUAAGGAUUACAAGUAA